GAUUCACGACACACGCGCUCCCGAGGUUUGUGUCAUGCACUCCUCUUUUCGAGGAUAAUAAUUUUUCUCGCGUGCAUAUCGCAUAGUUUCGCCUUUAAAUUCUCAGUCAGAAUUUUACAUUCGAUACGCGUGUACGACUGUUGAGCCACGCGAAGUACAAAAAAAAGGUCUCGAUCAUGACGAUUCGCCGCUGCUGCUGGCAUUGAUCGAACAGGUCGACCCGUAUCUCAUCGCUCCUAAUUCGCGCUACUUUACCGCACUCGAGCCAGCGAAAAAAUGCGAUCCAAAUCGACGAUCUCUAGCCUCGUAUCGGCGCUGCUGCUACUUCUGGCAUUGGAAAAUCAUUUCGCGGCGGCGGCCGCCUCUCAGGACGGACAAUUGGUAUUCAAUAUGUGCACGAAAAACGAGUCGAUCUCGGUACAGCUGACGAGCAGGCAGGACGGCAGCGGCGGAGUGAGCUGCCAGUGCCAAACGUCACCCGCGGCCGAUCUCUACAAGGACGACUACGUGUAUACGCCGGGAAUCGGGUCGCAUCGCUUUCACACCGAGGCGAAGCAGUGGAACGAGGCGCGGCGCAUCUGCUACGAGGAGGGCGCUCAUCUGGCCAUCAUCAAUUCCAAGGCCGAGGAGGCUAAACUAUUGGACAUGAUGCGGAGAUCGGAGGGCGCGAUCAGAGGCGGCCUGAACAAGGACGAGGCGCUGCUCGGCAUUCACGACCUGUACAAGGAGGCCGACUGGGUGACAAUAUUCGGCGAGCCGCUCGCCGCGACCGGCUACGCGAGCUGGUCGGCCACCUACUGGGGCGGACAGCCCGACAAUCUCGAGAAUCGCCAGCACUGCGGCGCGCUCAUCAAUCAGGGCGGCAUGGACGACGUCGACUGUCGCGACAGAUUCGCCUUCUUCUGUGAGCUGCCGCUCACUUGCUAAUUGCUCGCUCGCGAGGGCUCAAAAUGCUUUAUUAUUACAUGUAUUAUGAUUCAUUCAGCUCACUUUUUAUCCGCACAACUGUCAUUUUUAUAUAAGUUUAAUAUACGAUAUUAUAUUUUUGAACGUAAUUCUGACUGAUCGUGACUGCACGUAGUCGAAAAACUCAACCGCUUUUGCAUUUUUUAAUUUCAUUGAAAGUAGUUAUUCAUUUGUCGCAGUACAAAAAAUGAAUCCUGAUUUUUUAAAUUGUAAAAAUAAAAAGUAAAUAAAACUUAUAUUUUUCUCUAAUCAUUUUAUUAACAAGGAAACAAGCUAAAUAC